AGGAAGAAGGACGUUGCUACGGACCGCGGAUUGGGUUUACGUAGCAGAGACGUGCAGAGGGCGUGGCCUUGCACCGGUAAGCAUUAUUUUGCAGUCGCCCGUACGCCGGCUGUGCGAGCAGAUUGACGUAUCUGGCGUGGCUUGCCGCGGGGAGGCGGGACCUGUCGGCGGUAGCUUAACGGCCGACGGACCGUGGAGUAUACAAACAAGGGGCGUCGCAGCUCCAGGUAGGCCUGGUAACGUAAAGCGGUCGGUGGGUAGGAAGCGGGGUAUCGUUUCGAAAGCCCAGAUGUGGAUAACUCCGGAGGAGGUGCUGCUCGCCAACGCGCUGUGGGUGAGCGAAAGGGCGAAUCCCUUCUUCAUCCUGCAGCGGAGAAAAGGACAUGGACGAGGAGGGGGCUUUACUGGUUUGCUGGUAGGCACUCUAGAUGUGGUCCUGGACUCGAGUGCCCGGGUGGCCCCAUACCGCAUCCUGCACCAGACUGGAGAUUCGCAGGUCUUCUGGAACAUUGCCUGUGGCUCUUCACGGAAAGAGAUCACAGAGCACUGGGAGUGGCUGGAGGCUAACUUGUUACAGACGCUCUCCAUCUUUGACAACGAGGAGGACAUCACCACCUUUGUGAAGGGCAAAAUCCAGGGCAUCAUUGCAGAGGAGAACAAGAACAAACAGACCCUGGAGGAUGAGGACUCCGGAAAGUUCCGAGAGGCAGAGCUGAAAAUGAGGAAGUUAUUUGGCAUGCCAGAUGAGGAGAAGCUGGUGAACUACUACUCCUGUAGCUACUUUAAGGGGAGGGUCCCCCGCCAGGGUUGGGUUUAUCUAAGUGUCAACCACCUCUGUUUUUACUCCUUCCUGCUGGGCAAGGAAGUGACCCUGGUGGUGCAGUGGACAGAUGUGACCCAGCUGGAAAAAGAUGCUGCGGUACUGUUUCCGGAGAGCAUCCGCGUCAGCACCCGUGACACCGAGCAUUACUUUUCAAUGUUCUUAAACAUCAACGAAACCUUCAAGCUCAUGGAACAGCUUGCCAACAUCGCCAUGAGGCAGCUGUUAGACAACGAGAGCUUUUCUGUUGAUCGUUCGCUGCCCAAGCCUUGCAAGACCCUAAAAAACGUCUCCACGCUCAAGAGAGAUCUGGAUGCGCGAGCGAAGAACGAGCGGUACCGUGCCAUGUUUCGCCUGACGCAGGAUGAGCGGCUCGAUGGACACACUGACUGCACUCUCUGGACACCGUUCGCCAAGAUGCACGUGGUCGGCCAGAUGUUCGUAUCCAACAACUACAUCUGUUUUGCCAGCCGUGAAGAAGACCUGUGUCAGCUGAUCAUCCCACUAAGAGAGGUCUCCAUUGUGGAGAAGGCAGACAGCUCCAGUGUGCUGCCCAGUCCCCUGUCGAUCAGCACCAAGAACAAAAUGACUUUCCUGUUUGCCAACCUUAGGGACCGAGACUUUCUGGUGCAGCGCAUCUCUGACUUUCUGCAGCGAACCCCUGACAGGGUGUGGAGUGACAGCAAGGAGGUUCUGGAGUCUCCCAGCCCGACGACCCCCUUCCUCACCCCACCCUCCCCAAGUGAAGCAUUUUCCGGGCGCUACUACAGCCCCGGUUUGCCUACCGCCACCCAGGGCCUGCUCAGCAUAUUCAAGAAGAAUGCCCCAGAAGAUUUAGGGCCAAAAGCUACAAAGGAGAAGAUGAAAGAAGAGUCUUGGAACAUACACUUCUUUGAGUUUGGACGGGGUGUGUGUAUGUAUCGCACCUCUAAGACUCGUGAGCUGGUUCUGAAUGGCAUCCCAGAGAGCCUCCGUGGAGAGCUGUGGCUGCUCUUCUCAGGUGCCCAGAAUGAGAUGGACACUCACCCGGGGUACUAUAGCGAGCUGGUGGAACAGGCCAUGGGCCGAUGCACUCUGGCCACUGAGGAGAUCGAGCGAGACCUACACCGCUCCAUGCCCGAGCACCGCGCUUUCCAGAACGAGAUGGGGAUUGCUGCGCUUCGCCGUGUGCUCACCGCCUACGCCUUCCGCAACCCGAACAUUGGCUACUGCCAGGCCAUGAACAUUGUUACCUCAGUGCUGUUGCUCUACUGCACUGAGGAGCAGGCCUUCUGGCUGCUGGUGGCACUGUGUGAGAGGAUGCUUCCAGACUACUACAACACCCGGGUCGUGGGGGCGCUUGUGGACCAGGCCGUGUUUGAGGAACUGACCCGGGAAUGCCUGCCCCUCCUGUACGAGCGCAUGCAGGAGCUCGGGGUCAUUUCGACCAUCUCGCUCUCCUGGUUCCUCACCCUGUUCCUCAGCGUCAUGCCCUUCGACAGUGCCGUCCUGUUGGUCGACUGCUUCUUCUACGAGGGCAUCAAAGUCAUCUUCCAGGUCUCCCUGGCCGUGCUGCAUGCCAACAUGGAGCAGCUGCUGUCCUGCAGUGAUGAGGGCGAGGCCAUGACCAUCCUAGGCAGGUACCUGGACAACGUUGUGAACAAACAGACAGUGUCUGCUCCCAUACCCCACCUCCACGCACUGCUGACCAGCGGAGACGAGCCUCCCCCAGAGAUUGAUAUUUUUGAGCUCAUCAAGGCCUCCUAUGAGAAGUUUGGCAGCCUGCGGUCAGACGUCAUAGAACAGAUGAGGUUCAAGCAGAGGUUAAAGGUUAUCCAGUCCCUGGAGGACACUGCCAAGAGGAGUGUGGUUCGGGCCAUCAUGACAGAUUCAGCCUUCAGUCUUGAAGAGCUGGAGGAGCUGUAUGUCCUCUUCAAGGCAAAACACAUCAUGAGCUGUUACUGGGGGGCCAGUACAACGGCGGCGGAGCGCCACGACCCCAGCCUGGCCUACCUGGAGCAGUACCGCAUCGACAGAGGCCAAUUCAGCCAGCUGUUCACAGCACUGGCACCCUGGGGCUGCGGUGCGCACACACCCACACUGGCCGCCCGUCUCUUCCGCCUCCUCGACCAGAACAAGGACGGCCUCAUAAACUUCAAGGAGUUUGUCACGGGCCUCAGCGGGAUGUACCAUGGAGACAUGACUGAGAAACUGAAACUCUUGUACAAGCUCCACUUGCCCCCAGCUCUGUGCCCUGAAGAAGCUGAGUCUGCCUUGGAGGCCACACAGUUCUUCACCGAUGAUGUCACUCCACAGGAUUCUCCUUGCCUGUCCACUCUGGAUUUCCUGAUGCAGGAGAUGAAAUCAGGAGAUGAGCAGAAGGCUGUGGAAGCUAGCGAUGGGGCAGGCGACUCAGAGGACAAGAAAGAAGAGAAGGUGAAGGAUUACAAGUAUUACCUGAGAAUGUGGGCCAAGGAGAAGGAGCCCAAGAAGGAGACCAUAAAAGACUUGCCUAAGAUGAACCAGGAGCAGUUCAUUGAGCUGUGCAAGACCCUCUACAACAUGUUCAGUGAGGACCCACUUGAACAGGAGCUGUACCACUCCAUUGCCACAGUUGCCAGCCUGCUGCUGCGUAUCGGUGAAGUCGGAAAGAAGUUCUCCAACAAUGGCGCCAGAAAGCCUGACAGCCUGUGCACUCUCAGUCCUGCAGUGGAUUCUCCCCUGCCAGUGAAAGAGGAGCCUGCUGGUGAGGGCAGCUCAGCAGAAGCCCAGGUAACAAAGGCCUUGGAGGAAGCCCAACUGGAGGUCACCACCACGGAAGAAGAGGCGAAAGAUGACACGUCAGUGUCCUCCUACUCCAUGGUGAGUGCGGGCUCACUGCAGUGUGAGGACAUCGCGGAUGACACUGUUCUGAUUGGCUGCGGGGACCAGCGGCCGGGCAGCGUGCUGGACGUCGACUGGGCCAUCACAUUUGAGCAGGUGCUGGCUUCGAUGCUGACAGAGCCACCCUUGGUGGACUACUUUGAAAAGAAACUCGACAUCCGGGCCAAGAUGGCGGCAUGCCGGUUUCAGCGGGCUGUGGAGAGGCAGGUCAGCUCCUCCAGUGAGCAUGAAUUCUCCCAGCUGUCAGGCUGAUCGGCCUCCAACCUGAACAAUGAGCCCUUGGGCUCCCAUUCUGAGCUCUACCUUUGAGCUUCUUUUUCCUCUCGGGGGCCGUUAUAUUUCUCGCACAUCGUGUCUCCUGCUAACACUAGACCCGGAGGCUCCAACUGUCCCGUUUCUCUUCCUUUUUAAAAGCGUAUCAACAGAAUAGUAGAAGCAUGUAAACCUUAUAUUUGCGCCUAACACUUUUUUAAUCCACGCACCAAAUGUUACUUUGUUGUAUAGAUCCCAUUUGUUUAAACAAUGUCUGUUGAAAUAGUCUGCCAUCUGAGUCAGCACCAUUGCUCCUAAAGGUCUCUUUGGUUGUAAAUGAAACCAGAAGACCCACUAGGGGAGGAAACCCCAACCGCAUCUGUGUGCCAGCUGCCUUGCUGAUGAUUUCAGAAGUAUCAGGAAUCCUAGUGUGAAAAAAAAAACUUGAUAAUGAGUAAGGGAGCAAAAAUGGGACAGGUCAGUUAUACCAUGUAAAAAUAGCUGUGUUUCUCAGUAGGUUGAGGGAGAAUUACCCUGCCUUGGAGUCUUGCACCAUACACAAAAUAUGUGCCCCAGCUCAUUAUUGACACUGCUUUGAAUGAGUCUUUUCAACCUUAUUGAUUACCCAGCUGGUUCGGACACCACAGGUGUACCGUGAUACGUACAUCUAUGUUGGUGUAAUGGAAUAGAAGUGAUCAGGCAACCUUGUGACCUGUUAUAACACCGACCUCUCUAACCUGUUCAACCAAGACACCGUUUCAGUCCCCUCUCUAGGAAUUUAUGGUUUAAUUAGAAGAC